AUGCCACUUCUCGACAUUAUUGGUGUUGAUGCUUGCAACCGGUCUUUCUGCAUUGCGUUUGCUCUCUUGAGUGGCGAGGCUGAAGAGGACUAUCUCUGGGCCUUAGAUCGACUAAAAUCGAUAUAUAAAGCAGCUCAUGCCUCUCUUCCGGCUGUUAUCUUAACUGAUAGAUGCCUUGCUUGCAUUAAUGCCGUCGAAGCGGUAUUUACAACAUCUAUCUCUCUAUUAUGCCUUUGGCAUGCAAAUAAAGCAGUACUGGCACACUGCCUCCCGAUCUUCGCAAUGCAAGAAAAGCUCCUGGCUAAUUUGUCAUCAAAUAGUCUCACUGACGAGGAACAAUCAUCACGCUGGAAGGACUUUUAUAACCACUGGCACAGUAUCAUUAACUCGCCAACAGAGGCAGCUUUCAAUGAAAGGGUCAAGGCCUUUGAGGAUAAAUACGUCAAUAACCACGUUGAGGAGACUCAAAGCCCUCUUGAUAUCUCUGGGAGCCUUUACAACGUGGUACGAGGCUGGGUAUCUUUCGAAGCCCUGCGGAAAGUUGAUGAGCAGCGCAAAUUGGUUAAUGCUGAAAAUUCGCCAUUAUCACGACCCUGCACAGGGAGAUUUACAGCCUCAUACGGAUUGCCCUGUGUACAUCGACUGAAGGCAUUGAUGGAUGCCAAGCUCCCGGUGGCUCUCAAUGAAUUCCAUCGCCAUUGGCACUUUAAACGAGAUGGCGAGCCUAUUCACCUUGCAGAACCCCGACGACUCAAGAGGUAUCGAAAAGAAGACUCUAAAGCGACUCAAUCAAGCACAAAACGUGAGGAAUGUGCAUUUAAGGCUGUUGAACGCCGGCGGCAGCCGUCAAAGUGUUCGGCGUGUGGUGUUGUUGGGCACACGCGGGUCUCAAGGCUCUGUUCAAUGCGUUACGAAUAUCUUCAAUCCAGCUCCAUUAAUAAUGAUCCCCAGAGAGAAUCAUCACCUUCAGACGAGCUACUAAUUGCAUCACAGCUUUCCGCGACAGCUGAUACAGUCCAUGAUACCGUCCGUGCGCCAGAAGCUAUCGUAACAAGAGUAACUAAACCAGCACGGCGGGACUCACCAGAAGCUAUUUACCAGGCCUAUCUUCAAGCUCGUGAGAAGUGGUAUUCGACACAAUCAGAUGGACGCAAGACUGAUAAGUCAUAUCGUGAGGCUUCAAAGCUACCACAUUCAUAUAGCAAGGCUCAGUAUAAGUGGUGUGAGAAUUGGAAGGAAAUGGGUCAAUUCUGUACAUCAAGUGGCGCCAUGCGUAGAUGGACUAGGGAGGAGAAGAUGGCUUAUAUUGACUGGUCAUACGCUGAAGAUCAACGCGUCGAGGCUAUAGUUGCCGCUGAGAUGGCUAAUGAUACUCGAGAAACAACAAGACGAGGUGUUGACGCUAUUUAUGACUUGAUGGAGCGGGAUGACCUGGAGCAAGAUGCCCUGUUCGAGGCCUCAAUAGGAGCAGCUUAG